AUGAUGUUGUGGUUAUUUCUAAUUCUUCCAGUAAUAAUAAGUGUAACAAGUCGUUCAAUUGAUAUUCAUGAUAAAUCGACACCAAAAACUGUAUCAGAUCGUUUAAUUGAAUUAGUCACUCAGGGUGCUUUUCGUGGUGUUACCUAUUAUCGUUUGGCUGCAUUAACUGAUACUAUUGGUCCACGUCUUUGUGGUAAUGAAUCGUUAACGCAAGCUGUUGAUUGGGUUCGACAUGCAAUGAUUGGUGAAGGCUUAGAAAAUGUUCACGUCGAACCAGUUCAAAUACCUCAUUGGGUACGUGGUGCAGAACGAGCUCAUUUAAUUCAACCACGUAUUGCAAAAUUAUCUAUGCUUGGCUUGGGAAAUUCAGUUGGUACUGGUCCGAAUGGUAUUCAAGCGCCAGUACUUGUUGUUCGAUCGUUUGAUGAGUUAGACAUAAGAUGUGAAGAAGCUCGUAAUAAAAUUGUUGUUUUUAAUCCUCAAUGCGAUUGGGUAGCACAACCUGUUGGUUGCUAUGGUCCAGUUGUUGCUUACCGUGCAGGAGGAGCAUCGCGCGCUGCUAAAUGUGAAGCAGUUGCUUCUCUUAGUCGAUCAGCUGCAUCGCAUUCUAUUGAUUCACCACAUACGGGUAUGAUGAAUUAUGAUCCAGCUUAUCCAAAGAUUCCAGCAGCAUCACUCUCAGUUGAACAUGCUGAUAUGUUAGAACGUUUUCAACAGCGAAAUCAAUCAAUGGAAAUUUUUCUCUAUAUGGAAGCACACACAUUACCGGAUGUUGUCGGGUAUAAUCUUGUUGCUGAAAUAGAAGGUUCAACUUUACCAAAUGAAACUGUCCUCGUCAGUGGACAUUUGGAUAGUUGGGAUGUAGGUCAAGGAGCUAUGGAUGAUGGUGGUGGUGCAAUGAUUUCUUGGACUGUUCUUUCAUUAUUACAUUCAUUGAAUAUUCGAGCUAAACGAACAAUACGUUGUGUUCUUUGGUCAUGUGAAGAAUUCGGUGGUAUUGGUGCUGACCAAUAUUUUACGGCACAUGAAAAUGAAGUACCCACAAUGAGUAUUGUUAUGGAAUCUGAUAUGGGGGUAUUUCAUCCACGUGGUCUCGAAUUUACAGGAAGUAAUAAAUCGCAACAAAUUAUACAAACACUAUCUGUACAAUUACAAUCAAUUAAUGCGACUCAAAUUCUGCCAGGUGGUGGUGGCACAGAUAUCGAUCCAUGGGUAGAACGUGGUGUUCCUGGUGCAUCGCUUCUUAAUGAUAAUGCAAAUUAUUUUGCUUAUCAUCAUUCAAAUGGUGAUACAGUCAAUGUGUUCAAUUCAACUGAUAUUGACCUAGCUGCUGCUGUUUGGGCUGUUUAUGCUUAUUCCAUUGCUGACCUUGAUAAUCUUUUGCCACGCUAG